GCCCGAGCCAUGAGAGUGGCGGCGCUUCUGAUCGCCCUGUCGCUGCUGGCGGCGUCGGCCGCCGCCGCCGCGGCCGGUGGCGAGCCCGAGACUUACCUAGAUGACGCGGGCGGCAGCGAACAGGAGAUGCCCAUGGAACUGGACGAGUACUCGAACCUGCUCGCCAACCUGCUAAGGAAGUCGUCUCAGAAACGUUCUCCGUUUGUGUACGUCUACAGGCGCUCCUGCAUCCGACGCGGCUUCUCUUGCGACGCGCAGCCGCACGACUGCUGCGGCAACGGCUCGUGCCGCUGCAACCUGUGGGGCAGCAACUGCAAGUGCUUGCGCGGCGGCCUGUUCCAGGCGUGGGGCCGCCGCCGGAAGUGAGCCGCUUCCGGCCGGUGAGCGGCCGGCGGCGCGGCGCGCUGAGCGUG